UAUAUAUAACAUAUAAUACAUAUAUAUCUAUUUGUUUCUCUAUCGGCGCGUCGCCACAUCUAGAAGGGGAGGGGAAAAAAGAAAGUUUUCUCUCUCUCUCUCUCUUGUUUCUUUUGUUGUUUUCCCCCCUUAUUUACAGUCGAUGUUUUAUCUGCAUUAGCGUAAGCGUUUAAUUAAAGAGACGAGACGGCGGGAUCAUCGCCUUUCAUUUCUGUGGCGCUGGCCCUAAUGGAUAUACACUGCAAGGCAGACCCCUUCUCGGCUAUGCACAGUUGCAGUUCUACCUGGGAUGAGUUCAGUUGUGUGUGUUUUGCAGGGCAUGGGGGUGUGAAUCAGCUGGGAGGAGUGUUUGUGAAUGGUAGACCCCUUCCUGACGUGGUGAGGCAGCGUAUCGUGGAGCUGGCGCACCAAGGAGUUCGACCCUGCGACAUAUCCCGGCAACUUCGGGUCAGUCACGGAUGUGUCAGCAAGAUAUUGGGCAGGCUUGUUUCCCCUAUCAGAUACUACGAGACGGGCAGCAUCAAGCCCGGAGUCAUCGGGGGUUCUAAACCCAAAGUUGCCACCCCGAAAGUCGUGGAUAAAAUAGCCGAGUACAAGCGUCAGAAUCCUACCAUGUUCGCCUGGGAGAUUCGAGACCGGCUGUUGGCCGAGGGGAUUUGUGACAACGACAGUGUGCCCAGUGUGAGCUCCAUCAACAGAAUAAUUCGGACCAAAGUGCAGCAACCCUUCCACCCCUCACCGGAUGGUCCAGGCUCAGCAGUCACCGCGCCGGGACACACUAUAGAUGCUUCAUCUCACUGGGCUGGAGAUCUGUGGGGAACCAGCUUGCCACCGAUACCUUGCUCAAGUGGCCUUUAUUCACGUCUGAGUCUUGACAUCCCCAGUACCAACUCUCCGCCCGUAUCCUCGGCGUCCAAUGAUCCCGUGGGAUCCUACUCCAUCAACGGGAUUCUGGGCAUUCCACGAUCGAAUGGUGAGGCUAAAAGGAAAAGAGAUGAAGGGAUUCACUGUUGGUCAACAAGGCCAGGAAUGUCGUGGAGUCACACACCAUGGAAACAGGCCCUUCAGCUUUGUGUCCUCUUCCUCUUAGACACCCAGGACAAUUCCGGUCCAAACGGGGACUCGCAGGGAACGGCGGAGAGCGUAAGGAAGCAACUGCGGAGUGAAGCCUUCGCUCAGCAACAGUUGGAGGCCCUGGAACGAGUCUUUGAACGCCAACACUACUCAGACGUCUUCAACUCGGGCGAACACAUUAAAUCAGAACAGGCUAAUGAGUACUCCCUCGCGGCCUUGGCCUCUGGAUUAGAAGAUGUUAAAAGCAGCCUAUCGGCAGCUGCUACUCCCGACCUUGGCGCCAACGUUUCAGGACCCCAAAGUUACCCAGUUGUGACAGGCCGAGAUAUGGCGAGUACAACUCUACCUGGCUACCCUCCGCAUGUUCCCCCGACUGGACAGGGAAGCUACUCAACUUCCACACUGGCCGGCAUGGUACCAGGCAGCGAAUUUUCCGGGAAUCCUUACACUCAUCCACAAUACACGACCUACAAUGAAGCCUGGCGUUUCACCAACCCGGGAUUACUAAGUUCCCCUUAUUAUUAUAGUGCCGCUUCCAGGGGUUCUGCACCCCCCACUGCUGCCACUGCCUAUGACCGCCACUAGUUUCUAUGGCAACCACAUGAAUAUGCAAGAUGACGUUCUUGGGCUCCAUAUUGUACCAGUCUGAUCAAUGUCAAAUAGUGGAUGAAGAAGUGGAGACCCAAGCUGUUAAUCUCUGAAAGCGACUGAAGGACAGACAGACAAUUGAGCGUCCAAAUUAGUCAACAGUGGAUGCCCCUUUGACUUUGGCUGCAAUCGUUUUCCCCCUUCAACAUGUGCUGCCAUUGGUAUAUUUAGACUAUUGGCUUUUAUUUUACAUAUCAGUCUUCAUUGAUUCCUUACAGACUGGACACACACAGAGAGAGAAAGAGAGAGAGAGGAGAAAAAAAAAUAAAGAAAAGGAAACAAAAUAUCUCAUUUAUAUAUAUAUGUGUAUGUAUAUCUUAAUGAAUGGAUUGGUUUAAAAAAAAAACACAUUAAAACAAACUGCAUCAGUGCUUGAGUGAGUGGGCGUUUGGACCAGCUUGUACCCCUCCCCCCCCCCCCCCCUCCUCCUCCCGUCCAAUGUUUGACUUGGGGUUUCAAUGGUUCCAAGUCUACGCUCGUUCAAUAAGAAGACAAGCCACGAGGAAGGGCCGACUGUUGUGUGAAGUGAAGAGAGUGAAGAGAAGUCGAACGAGGCAACGCAACGGGGUAAGCGAUGGAUCCCACCCACCGCUGCAUCAUGUCUACACUCGCCGCAGCUCCUCUCGAAAACUGCCUCAGCGCUGGCUCUAAUGGCGACGGACUUACCGUUUGUUCCCCAACGUCCUGCCACCUUCCCUCCUUCCUCCCUCCCUCUCCAUCUCCCCCUCGCUGUCUCUCAGCCCACUAGCCAGGCUUCUGUAGGGGCCCCGGGCUGGUAUGUAUGUAUGUAUCUAUGUAUAUAUGUAUGUAUGUACACCAAACCCCUCUUCUGCAGCUCCGCCCUAACCCCUCCUCCCCAAGGCUGCAUUGACCGGGGCUCUGUGGAGUCCCGGCAUCAACAGACACUUCUCUUCCCCCUGUGAGACACAUUCUUUACAGGAAACAAAAACCCUGGGGGAGAACCGUGGGCUUUUCUGCCACCACUGAGCGGCACCGAGACCUCGUUUAAACUCUUCAACGAGAGCGCAAUGUCUCUCCACAAGUUUGGCUUCUCGCCCCAACAUCAGGAAUCCGCCACCGGACGGCUUGGGAGCGAAGAUGGAAUCGCGGUACGCCAUCUUCAGCCAGAGGAUCUCCGAAGAGCGAGAGGGAAGGCCGCAUAACUAGCUGUCGAUUCUUUUGUCAUUUCAUUUUGCACUAUCUGUCUGACUGUACCACUACCACAGUUGCAGUGGGCGCGGAGUUGGUGAGCAACAUCAAUCCGUGCAGCGGGAUAUUGUGUAAAAAAAAAACACUUUCCUUUGUGUGAGAGAGAGAGAGAGAAUUAGAAAAGAGGGUCAAAUAGGCACUUAAUUGGCUUGCAUUUUGAGUUUACAGUUACUGCACUCCAGUGGUGAAAAAUAUUAAUGAAUCCUGUAGAUAGACGUUGCAAAUCUAUGCCUGUCAUGGUAAAUUUUGACUUGCUACCAAUUGUCAGGAUACAAAACGUCCAGAUACUACAGGUGCAAGGUCGACUUGGUGUGGGUGCCAACCAGGGUGAAGAUUUUCCACUCGGCUCUGCGGGUUCUGAAAGACUUGCAGCGAUAGUAUUGAUUCCGCUUUUUCUUCUCACUGCUGGCCUGUGCAGGACAGGAGAGGACUACCAUAAUGCAGAUGCAGCUGUGUUCUGCAGCACAUGCACCAUGCGCGUGCAAGCGAGCGGGACAAAAGUUGGCGGCACACACCCAUGCCAGUACCAUCUGCGCAACUGCAGUGGGAGAUUUUCUCUUCCCUCCCCUCGCCUCACAUGACCACAUGUGCUAACCACGGCCACCAUUUUGUUUUUUAAGAAGGAAUUUGUCAGACAAUGCAGAACAGUCACUGCCACAUUCCCCGGGCACCUUUGUACGACUCUUUCCUGAUCUGAUCGCAAAGGCAUGUUCGAAGAGAGAGCCAGAUUAGCCUAAGGGUCCCGAUCCUGAAACGUCACCUGCUCCUUUUCUCCAGAGAUGCUGCCUGACCCGCUGAGUUACUCCAGCUUUUGGUGUCAACCCUUAAGGGCAGCCUUGAAAAGAGGGGACUAGUGGAGAGAAGACUGGUGAACAGUCAAGAAAGAGACACACAAACAAUGCAUGGUUAGGAAUAAUCUAUUUGGUUCUGUUCUCUUUGACAACUGAUUAAAAGUGAAUGUAAUUUUUAUUGCAACAUUUGCCAAAGACUCGGUUAUUGUUAGGUUUUUAUUUACAGGAUGUGUAUCCAUUGAUUGUAAAUCAGUAUUAUAGGUACCUGAAACAGAUUUGGAAUUUAUAUGAUAAUAUGCAGCUGAAAAUUUCAAUAUGCAUAUUAAUAGAAUGGAGUAGAAUGAUAACUGUGGAAAAUAAUAAUCCCAGCAAUUACUUAUUGUAUUGUUACUUGCAAAAAAAAUAAUUGCUGCUUUGUUAGGAUGAUAUUGCUUACAAUGUGAAGGAAUUCCUCUUGCGUAUAUAUAAGUCACAGCUGCAUCUCUUAGCGUACACACUGACACAACAGUGUCUUGUAGAUUUACUGACCAAACUGGAAAAAAAUAACAAAAAAAAAUGGACUCAGAACCUGUUUUGUUAAAGUGUAUUUGUGCUUCCAACAAAGUUCGAAUAAAGCACAGCAUGACCCUUGAU